UCCUGUGUGGUCCUGGGAUACACCACGCUACCCAUAGAUUCUGUAAGCUACACAUGUGCCUGGAAUGGGCCCGCUUAUAAAGGGUUCAGCUGCUACAAUAGCUGUUUUGUUUCUGUCCGAAAUUAUAUACAAAUUAUAUUUGCACUGGGUUAGUAAACAAUGCAAGUCUUCACACAAUGAAAGAGAGAAAAAACGGGACGAAAUCAUGGAGGUUUUCUUCUUCCCAGAUAAGACCAUAGCAUGUAAAACGCACUUCCUAGGCGAGACUCCAUGCUUUAAGGAUAAAUGUAAAUAUUCUCAUGAAAAGACUUCUUUGAGCGAGCUAUAUCGCCACCUUAGCAGUUGCCGACGCACCAUGGAUGUGUGUGUGUUCGUCUUGACUUGUGCGGAUCUUGCUGACAUUAUUGUUACCAUGCAUCGCCGUGGAGUCGUCGUCCGUAUCAUCACCGAUGACGAGCAGGUCAACAUCAGCGGCUCACAAAUCUGGCGUUUCAGAAAGGAAGGAAUCAUGGUCCGAACUGACAAUUCUUCCUACAACAUGCAUCAUAAAUUUGUGGUAGUAGACUGCCAGCUGCUUAUCAAUGGCUCCUUCAAUUGGACUCGUCAAGCCAUCACUGGAAACCAAGAAAAUGUCUUUGUAACUAACAACAGCAAGAUCACUAAAUCAUUUUUAGAAGAAUUCGAAAAACUCUGGGAGCAAUUUGAUCCUAAAAACCAGCAUAGAACGUAAAAGUUAGCUUCUUUCCACAUCUUUGGAUUAAGUGAAGAAACUGCUUAGUUUUGGACAAUUGCAGGCAGAUUCUUUGUGACAGCAAGCAUCAGCUGGCUUUGAGCAAUUCCAUCGUCAUUUUCAUAAACCAUUGUCUUUUGGAAGUCAACAGUUGCAUCCAAAAAGUUCACUUUUUUACAUCAUUGUGGAAACCAAUUUUGUCGUUUGUUGAAUUUGUCUUUUGCAUGUGUAUGUGUGUGUGCUGUCUUGGGAUUAGCUUUUUUAUUAUUGUGGAACAGAUUUUUCUCAAGGAAAGAAAAUGGACUUUAUUUUAUUAAAGGAGAAAAAAGGACAGGAAAAAAGUCCACUACUGAAAAACAACAAUAAUAUCAAAGUGUGAUUAAUCAGAUGCAGCCAGUCUCUUAUUAUGUUUCACUUGCACUUGAAAGAAUUGAUGCCACUGAAGUCCUACUGAUGUUUGCGAGGAGAUAUGGAAGUAUAGGUUUGUUUAAAACAAUUGACUGAGUGAUAUUUGAAGUGUAUCACCUGUUGUUGAUACUGGCAAAAGUACCUUAAACAUCAAGCUUCCAUAGAUCAUGACAUGAAAAAGUGUGCUAUAUGAUUUGUAACAUCAUCUUUUUAUGUUAUGGUACAACAACUUAAUAAAUAGAAGUAAACAAUAAUUAUAGUACAGCAUUCAAAUCUUGCAGCAUAAAUUUUUGUAACUGAAA